AUGAGUUAUCUGGCCGCCACGGCAAGCAAACGCAUCUACAUACAUGCCCUCAAUAGCCCGUCAUGGCGGACAAUGCAUAUUCGAAACGUCGGAUUGACGAUGAACAAUUCCAUCUCGGCACGACUACUCUCGACAGGGGAAGCAGUGCCGAAGAUCGCCCAGGCCUCAACGUGGCAAUCUAUCAUCCCUAAGUUCCUUCGAGGCGGCGGCUCAAAUACAUCACCAAAGAUCAGAUCGAAAGAAUGGAAUCCCGCCACUUUCUACGUCGUGAUAUGGACUCUCAUAGGCUCUCAGGCCAUCCAGAUGCUGGUCCUGCGGAAGGAUUUCGAAAACUAUACGCGAAAAGCAGACGCAAAGAUACGGUUAUUGCGGGAGGUCAUACAAAAGGUAAACAAUGGAGAGACUGUCGACGUUGAAAGACUAUUGGGAACUGGUGACGAAGUGAAGGAGAGAGAAUGGGAAGAAGUUCUCCAAGAAAUCGAAGACGAAGACUCUGUGUGGCGCCAGAAAUCCCAUGAUCAACGAAGCAGUGACGGCGGCAGCUCGAGUGAUGAAAAGGACAAGCCUCGGGACGCCGUGGUGAAAUCAGAGAAAGCUACACAACCAUCCGAUGUCCCUGCAACUAGAACUGCAAAAAAUGCCAGAUUUUAUUGA